UACCCCCAUCACCCCAGCCCCCUUUAGAGUGAGUUAAACACUCCCCCCUCCCCCCUCCAUGUAAUGAAUGCCCUUUGCCACCCUGGGAGUGGAGGGAGGGGUGAUCUUGACUGCUCCUGGCAAACUGCCUGCUCAGCACUAGAAUUGGGCCUGUCGUUCACUGGCUGGGACACAAAGGCACAUGCCAGGCAGGGAUUUGGUCUCCCUGUUUUUCUGGUAGAGGAAAACUAAAAACUCAGGAGUGGGAAGGGGAGCCCUUGUUCAGGUCUGCACAGUUGGUGACUUGGGAGUGAGCCUUAGCCCCUGCGGGUGCCCCUCCUACCCAGUGGGUGGCCUCUGCCAGGCUGAGCCUGGGGGGGAGGGGAGAGGGAGAAUGGCACUGUUGGCAGUGAGGAAGAAAAAAUUUCAAGGGAAGGUGUGGGCUGCAGGUGGCCUGAAGCCUUGGAACCCGGUGGCAGAACUUCUGGGAUAGGUCCUUGAGGAGGGCCAUCCUAGGUGAGCCUGGAGCCUGAGGUCGGAGGGCUGACAGGGGCUGACAGUGGGACAGAGGCAGAUGGGUAGGUCAGGAGGAGCUGCAGGGAUGCCCGACCUGGUGCGAGACCCAAGAGAGUCCAGCACCCAUUCUGACCCCAGGACCCUGUCAUGUGCUGAGCUCCCUCUGACAUACGAGCACCACCUGAGCAUCUUGUUCCGUUCAGACCCCAGAGGGUUUGAAGUUCCUUGGAGGAUGAGAGUCUGAGGUUCUGAGGGCAGAACAGCUUGUCCAGGGUGGAAGGCCACUGCUUGGCUCUGUACUGAUUCUAGAGCCAAGCUGUCUGCUCCACCAGCCUGCAGAGAGGUACUCCACGGCGACUUGAGCUCCGGACCUCUGGGACACACAUGUGUCCAAGGUUGGGAACACUCAAAGAGGGUCAGGAGCCCUGGCAUGGGGACAAGAGAGGAGAAUCCAGUAGCCCCAGUUCCUCUGGGUGUGGACUGAUUCUUCCUAACUGGAGGCCUCAAUGUCUGUCGGUGCCCAACCCUUCACAAGCAAAGGGUCCUACAACCUCUCUUUGAACCCAAGUUCAGGAGAGAGAAAGCAAGCAGGAAGCUGGGGCCUUAACCCUACAUACUAGGAGACCCAUGCUUCAUUGUAUUUUCUCCAAAUGAACCUUUCUGAGGGGGCUGAGCCUUGAGCAUAGAGAGCUGGAGCUGACCCACCACAGAGUCAGGGGCUCUCUUGUAUCCAUUCACCCCUGGGAAGCUGGUCCCUCCCUCACCAGCCAGGGCCCAGACUCUAGCUCUGCCCUCCCUGUAACUUGUAGUCACCCCAACUCAUCGUCAGGAGGUCAGCCUUGGAUCCCACUGGGGUGCUCUGGAGCUAGGGUUGCUAGACUGAGCACAGAAAAAACUAGGAUGCCUAGCUGAUUUUGAAUUUCAUGUGGACAAUGUGUACUUUUUUAGUAUGUCUCAUGAAAUAUGUGAGAUAUACUAGUACUAAAAAAAAUGCAUUGUUUAUGCAAAUUCGUAUUUCACUGGACAUCCUGGGCUUUAUCUGGAAACCCUAUUUGGGCUCUGACUAGCCAACAUGGUCAGUCCCUGUCCACAGGGAAGUUUCAGGCCCACAGGAGAGAGAAGAUGCUGAGAGCUGAGCAUCAUGGGUCCUGGGAGCACCAUUGUCAUAAUGACACCGAGUAUGUUGGCGGGACACCGGUGCUUGCCACAUGUCUUGACCGAAGGUGGGGGGGAGGCACGCAUGUGCCAAACUGGACAAAGGAAUGAGGGAAAGCUUGAACUGGUCCACCCUGGGCUCCGGGGUGGAGGGUCUUCCUCACUCCUGCCCACCCCAAACAACAAACUUCUAGAACACACAAGGAGGGCGGAACUGAUCUAGUUGAAGAACCCACUCCCCUCAUCAAGAACCCCGCCCUUCCCACAUCUCAGCUUCCUUGUCCCCUUCAGAGAUGUGCUCUGAAGAUCAACUGGGUCAGGAGAGAGCCUUGAGCGUUUCUGGAAAACCCCCGAAGUAAACAUAUAGGUUAUUUCUUCACCAGGGAACAUUAAACAUGCCUUGUCAGAUCCAAAUGCCUUCCAACGACUCUGGCCUGGAGCUUCAGCUUGACGGAGGGACAGACACCCAGUGAUAUUUACCUGGAAACUGACUGCCAACCCUCCCUCCCUCCCUCCCUCCUUCCCUCUCCCUGUAACCCAGUGGGCACCGCCAGGCCUCGGCAUGCUGCCCUCACUACCUGCUUGCUGGAUCACCCGUUGACCUGGGACCUCAUCCUCAGCCCCUUCAGUUUUAUCCUGGGUCACCGGGAAUGACACUGGGACAUGAGGGAGUUGGGACCAGCCCCCAUGAGCCAGACCUGCCCUUGUACAGAACCACAUCCCCAUGCAUUCUGAAAACAAGUCUCCGUCUAUGGUUCCCUGUUACGUUUGCCACUGCUGUGAGAAGGUCUGCGGAUGGGAGAGUUCUCGAACCGGCGAGCUGAAAAAUCAGGGCGACGGCGGAAGGAGCACUGAUGUGAGGUCAGGAGUCCUGGGAUCUGGUCCCAGCUCCACCACGGCUGGGCCCGCACCUCCCCUGCCCGGGCCUCCAGUGCCUCAUCUGUAAAUGAGAGGACCAGGAUGAAGACAAAUGUCUGCAGAGGACCCAUCCAGGUGGAAAGUCCCUGGGACUGGCCCAGGAAGGAAACACACACGAACACCGGAAUAACCAUCCUAAUCAGUAGCGCAGCCAGAGCAAGAUCAGCUCCAUAGCAGGUGGGUAGAGUCACCCGCCCUCCAGAGAGGAAUGGAUUGGCCCAUUGACCAUAGGGUUGUGGACUCCUGGAAGCUUCGAGCAGAGAGGGGCCAUGGAGUUUUUAAGUCCUUCACUCUACAGAUGGAGAAACUGAGCCUGCAAAAGGCCAAAGUGAACAUCAAGGUGGAUUACUGAUCAUUCUCUGCCUGCAGGUAGGAAAGAAGCACCAACCAGAGGAUGCACCAGGUCUUUAGCUGUGGGCUAAUCUGGUAUAAGUGGUGCCUACACACAUCUCAGUAAUUUGGAGACGGAGAAUGGGGAAUGGGUGAGCCAGGACCAAAAUCCAAGAAGGAGGCAGCAGCAGAGAGAAAUGGAAACCAGACAGGACCAGAGAUAAAGAGAGAGACAGACACAGAGCUUGAAUUCAGAAGAGAUGCCCAAAGUGACACCAGCCCCUGGAUAAACACCACUGCCUGGUGCCCCCAUGACCUGAUGAUGACAGGAACUCACAAUUAUAGAAUGUUCGCUGAGCCAGGCUCUAUGGAAAAGCCUUUAGAGGAUUUGUCUCUUUUAAUCCUCGCAAUAACCGGAUGGAAUACAAACUUGUAUUACCCCCACGAGGAAAUGGGGGUCAAGCACCUGGCCUGGGAUCACAGAGCGAGUAGUGGGACCAGGGCUUGGAACCAGGUAGCCUGGGCUCCUCACAACAGAGCCACACAGCGGCAGGAUCUGCGAACACAAAGAGCGCCUGGCCAGGACGUCCCCCUGGAGGAGUGAUAGCACAGCCACAACCACGCAUAUGUCAGAGGCACUGGCUAUGAACUGAGAUGAACCCCACAAAGUGAUCAGCUCUUGGGGCCACAGAGUCAGCACAAGGGUGGAGCUGGAAGGAGCCUGGGAAAACUCCAGGACACGGCCCCCUCCUUUUACAGGUGAAUUACAAGGACGCUCGGGCCCCACAUUUUAGCUGGUGAAGCAUCCGAGACCAUGUGGGAACAGCCCUUCUGCCUGUGGCCCCCACUUUGGGGUCGGUACUCCAAGCUGACUGGGGCAAGAGAAAUCAGCUUGAUAUGGAUGGGAUCUGCUCAAGGUUUGGUUCAGACCCAAAUAUGCUGCCUUUUUCCAGAAUUGGCUCAGCCCUCUGGAGGCCCCCCACGUUGAACCUGGCGGUAGGGUAGCCUCCAGACUGAGAGGCUGCUGGUUACAACAUCUGCCCUCUAGACCCGGCAAUGAACUCCCCCUCUUUACAGCUGAGUUUCUUUGCAGCCUCUUCUCUCCUGCAAUUGCAAGCUGAUAAGAGGAUUUUUAUUCACCAUCUUCACUCCUGGUAGUUCUAUUUCCAUGGCUACUCCAUGAACGCUCAAGCUUUGCUUACAUCCUCAACGGGCUGAGCUGCCAGCCCUAAAAAUCCUGAACCAGAAGCCCUUGUUGGUCAGGCAACUUCUAUCCUGGCCUUUCCUGUAGCCCCCAGCCCCAGAUUAACCCAUUACACGCUCUCAAUAUCAUCCAACACUUAUCUUUCACAGCACUCAUCGAAGUUGUGAAUCACAUAGGGUGUAUGGUUUUUCUAUUACUUACCUCUCACCCCAGGCUUUAAGCUCCAUGAGGUAAGAAGCCAGGUCUGUUUUAUUCAUAAGAAUAUCCCUGAACUCUGAGCACUGGGCUGACCAGCAUGGAGAAGAUGCCCAGGAAAUUGUUGUCGGAUGAAUAUGUAGGAGGGUGGAUGGAUGGACGGAUGGAUGGAUAUUGAGAGAGUGAGUAGGAGCAUUUCUAGGAUGCCAGAUUACCAGAACGGUCUCUGAAGCUGAACAACAUCCCACUGUGCAGAAAGGUGAGGGUAGGCGGUGCCUUCAUUCUUUCCCCACCUUCCUUCUCCAUCUGCAGUCUCUCCUGCUACAACCCCGGAAGCCUCCUGCUAAAAAUGCCCCCGAAUGCUUUCGUUUCUAACCAGCAGCCCCUUGGGUUAAUGGCAACCUCAGGUGGUUGGUGAAUGAUACUACAUUCUCUCUUCUACUCAUUUGGAUGUUGCCCCUCCUUCCUUUGCCUGCUGCCCCAAGGAAGGCUUUAUGGAGUAUCCCAUUAACUGGGGGGAAAGCAAAUGAGUGGGCUGGAGCAGAUGGCCUUCAUGCACUACCCAGAAGGAGCACAAUCUGGGGUUGAUGCUUUAUCUUGUGGUUCUCCCCAGGAGAGGAGGUAGAUGGAGAAGAGAGAGGAUACUCUAUUUGGAGAGACACUGGUUUCCUCCUGCCACUUCUCCGCUGGGGACCCAUGGGACUCUGUAGGGACCUUCUUCAAGUCCUUGGUGCAGGGUCUAGAACAGCGUGAGGAACAGACAGGGCAUUUACAGAAGCUUUUCCACAAUCAUGAUGGCAAAGAAGACCAUAAGGACACUGACAUUAUUAUAGAAAGUAAAGGCUCUCAGGAGCGCCUGGGGAGCUCAGUUGGUUGGGAGGCCGACUCUUGAUUUUGGCUCAGGUCAUGAUCUCAGGGUCGUGGGAUCUAACCCUGCUCAGAUUGGAGUAUGCUUGGGAUACUCUCUCUCCCUCUCCCUCUGUCCCUCCCUGCUCACGUGCUCAAAUAAAUAAAUAAAUAAAUAAAAUAUUUGAAGAAAAGAAAGUAAAGGCCCUCCUCCCCACUCCUGUUCUGAUUUGGGCACCUACUAAGUGCAAAGCCACUGUCUGUGUUAUUUCGUGGAGUCCUGCCAUCACCCCGUUGUAUGGACAAGAAACACGAGGCCUGCAGAAGCUCAGCACCUAGCAGGGCAGCAGUUCAAACCCACUUGUGGGCCAUGCUUCUGUUUCUCUGUUCCCUGGAACCUUGAAGGUAGAGGCCCUAGAUGCCAUUCAGUUCACCUCCGACCUAAGCAAGAAUUCACUCCAUAAUUUCCCAGGAUCAUAGGUGGCCCAGGAAUCCCAGGGACGCAUGGAAUACCUCGUGAAAUGGAAGGGCUGGUCGCAGAAGUACAGCACAUGGGAACCCGAAGAAAACAUCCUGGAUGCUCGCCUGCUCGCAGCCUUUGAGGAGAGGGAACGGGAGAUGGAGCUCUAUGGCCCCAAAAAGCGAGGACCCAAACCCAAAACCUUCCUCCUCAAGGCCCAGGCCAAGGCAAAGGCCAAAACCUACGAGUUCCGAAGCGACUCAGCCCGGGGCAUCCGGAUCCCCUACCCUGGCCGCUCCCCCCAGGACCUGGCCUCUACUUCCCGAGCCCGUGAGGGCCUUCGGAACAUGGGUCUGUCCCCGCCAGGAAGCAGCAGCGGCACUGGCAGCACCUGCCGGGUGGAGCCCCCGCGGGACCGGGACCGAGAGCGGGAGCGCGAGCGCGAGCGGGACCGAGAGCGGGAGCGGGAGCGGGAGCGGGGUGCCAGCCGCACCGAUGACAAACCCAGCUCACCGGGAGACGGCUCGAAGAAGCGAGGCCCCAAGCCCCGGAAGGAGCUCCUGGACCCCUCGCAGAGGCCCUUGGGAGAAGCCAGUGAUGGCCUCGGAGAUUACCUCAAGGGCAGGAAGCUGGAGGAGGCCCCUUCCGGGGCAGGAAAGUUCCCAGCUGGCCACAGCGUGAUCCAGCUGGCCCGGAGGCAGGACUCGGACCUGGCCCAGUGCGGUGUGGCCAGCCCCAGCCCGGCGGAGGCCACAGGCAAGCUGGCUGUGGACACCUUUCCGGCCAGGGUCAUAAAGCACAGGGCCACCUUCCUGGAGGCCAGAGGCCAGGGCACCCUGGACCCAGGUGGCCCCCGGGUCCGGCAUGGCUCAGGCACCCCUGGCUCUGUGGGGGGCUUGUAUCGGGACAUGGGGGCCCAGGGGGGAAGGCCGUCUCUCAUCGCCAGGAUCCCAGUGGCCAGAAUCCUGGGGGACCCAGAGGAAGAGUCCUGGAGUCCCUCUCUGACCAACCUGGAGAAGGUGGUGGUCACCGACGUGACCUCAAACUUUUUGACCGUCACCAUUAAGGAAAGUAACACGGACCAAGGCUUUUUUAAAGAGAAAAGAUGAAUUGGUGGGUGAUCCCAGGACGAGAGAGCAGGAGAGAGAGUGGGAGCGCAAACUUGGCAUAAUGCUUUUUAUUUCUGGGUGGGAGGCGGCCUUCUGGCUGGUCCUGUCCCUAACUUCACACACCCAACCCUUUCCAUUCCUCCUCCCUCCCCUCAGUUUUGGUUGGAAAGAUUAUCUCUAGAGUUAUAUUUUCUAUUAGAUGUAAAUAUGUUAUUUAAGACAAAAUAUCUAAAUAUAUAUAUUUCAACUCU